CAGUGUCCCGGCAGCCCGAGCGGCACCCCCGCGCCCCCGACACAGCCUCAGCGCCCGCCCCGCAACUUCGGGGCCGGAGGAGAGCGGAGCGGGGCGGACCCGGAGCGGGAGCGGAGCCCGAGCCGCGGGCGCAGCCGGGAGCCGGGGAGCCAGGUGGCUUCGAGAGGCUGGUCGGCGCAGAGAUGCCGCCCCCCGCAGACAUCGUGAAGGUGGCCAUCGAGUGCCCGGGGGCCUUCCCCAAGCUCAUGGAGAUCGACCAGAAGAAGCCGCUGUCCGCCGUGAUAAAGGAGGUGUGCGAUGGGUGGACGCUGGCCAACCACGAGUGCUUCGCCCUGCAGCAUGCCGACAGCUCCAACUUCUACAUCACCGAGAAGAAUCGCAAUGAAAUAAAAAACGGAGCUAUUCUGCGGUUGGCCACAUCACCAGCUCAAAAUGCCCAGCAGCUCCAUGAGAGGAUCCAGUCUUCAAGCAUGGAUGCCAAACUGGAGGCCCUGAAAGAUCUAGCCAGCUACUCCCGGGACAUCACGUUUGCCCAGGAGUUCAUCAACCUGGAUGGCAUUUCUCUCCUCACCCAGAUGGUGGAAAGUGGGACUGAACGCUACCAGAAGCUACAGAAGAUCAUGAAGCCCUGCUUCGGCGACAUGCUGUCCUUUACCCUGACCGCCUUCGUGGAGCUCAUGGAUCACGGCAUCGUGUCGUGGGACACUUUCUCAGUGGCCUUCAUCAAGAAGAUCGCCAGCUUCGUGAACAAGGCGGCCAUCGACCUGUCCAUCCUGCAGCGCUCGCUCGCCAUCCUGGAGUCCAUGGUCCUGAACAGCCACGACCUCUACCAGAAGGUGGCGCAGGAGAUCACCAUCGGCCAGCUCAUCCCGCACCUGCAGGGGACGGACCAGGAGAUCCAGACGUACACCAUCGCCGUGAUCAACGCCCUCUUCCUCAAGGCGCCCGACGAGAAGCGCCAGGAAAUGGCGAACAUCCUGGCCCAGAAGCAGCUUCGCUCCAUCAUCCUGAUGCACGUCAUCCGGGCCCAGAGAGCCAUCAACAACGAGAUGGCCCACCAGCUGUACGUGCUGCAGGUGCUCACCUUCAACCUCCUCGAGGACCGCAUGAUGACCAAGAUGGACCCCCAGGACCAGGCCCAAAGAGACAUCAUCUUUGAGCUGAGACGCAUCGCCUUCGACGCCGAGUGCGCCAGCAACAGCAGUGGGAGCAUGGAAAAGCGCAAGUCCAUGUACACGGACUACAAAAAGCUGGGCUUCAUUAACCAUGUGAACCCGGCCAUGGACUUCACGCAGACGCCCCCCGGCAUGCUGGCCCUCGACAACAUGCUCUACUUCGCCAAACACCACCAGGACGCCUACAUCCGGAUCGUCCUGGAGAACAGCAGCCGCGAAGACAAGCACGAGUGCCCGUUCGGCCGCAGCAGCAUCGAGCUGACCAAGAUGCUCUGCGAGAUCCUCAAAGUGGGGGAGUUACCCAGUGAAACCUGCAACGACUUCCACCCCAUGUUCUUCACCCAUGACCGGUCCUUUGAGGAGUUCUUCUGCAUCUGCAUCCAGCUGCUCAACAAGACGUGGAAGGAGAUGCGGGCAACUUCAGAAGACUUCAACAAGGUAAUGCAGGUGGUGAAGGAGCAGAUUAUGAGGGCGCUCACGACCAAGCCUAGCUCCCUGGACCAGUUCAAAAGCAAACUGCAGAACCUGAGCUACACGGAAAUCCUGAAGAUCCGCCAAUCGGAGAGGAUGAACCAGGAGGACUUCCAGUCUCGGCCGAUCUUAGAACUGAAGGAGAAGAUCCAGCCGGAAAUCCUGGAGCUGAUCAAACAACAGCGACUGAAUCGCCUUGUCGAGGGCACCUGCUUCAGGAAACUCAACAGCCGGAGGAGACAAGACAAGUUCUGGUACUGCCGGCUGUCGCCCAACCACAAGGUGCUGCACUACGGAGACUUGGAGGAGAGCCCGCAGGGGGAGGUGCCCCACGACUCCCUGCAGGACAAGCUGCCCGUGGCGGACAUCAAGGCUGUGGUGACGGGCAAGGACUGCCCGCACAUGAAGGAGAAGGGCGCCCUCAAGCAGAACAAGGAGGUCCUGGAGCUCGCCUUCUCCAUCCUGUAUGACUCCAACUGCCAGCUGAACUUCAUUGCUCCCGAUAAGCACGAGUACUGCAUCUGGACGGACGGGCUCAACGCCCUGCUGGGCAAGGACAUGCUGAGCGACCUCACGCGCAACGACCUGGACACGCUGCUCAGCAUGGAGAUCAAGCUGCGGCUGCUCGACCUGGAGAACAUCCAGAUCCCCGACGCGCCGCCGCCCAUCCCCAAGGAGCCCAGCAACUACGACUUCGUCUAUGACUGUAACUGAGGCGGCGCGGCCCCGCCCCCGCCAGAGACUGCGAUGCUGCCCGCUGCCUGCUUACCUUCUCACUGCUGCAGCCUGAGGGGGCCCGGGAGGGGGGAGGGGGAGGGGCAACCACCCCGGGCCGGGGUCUGGGCGGAGCCACGAGCCUUCCCUGCCUGCCCUCCCCAAGGAGGACCUUCAGCCACCCUGAUCUCCCGAAGGACAACCGUGCUGGAUUCCUGGCCCGCGCCCAGCUCUCCGCCCUCCCUCCCCGCUGCCCACUGCCCGCGCCCUGGUUCUGGGCUCUCCCUUCCCCGACUUACGCCCUCUAGUCUAUUAACUCAAAGCACAAGUCAUGCAGCCCUGAGUUGGGUCUCUUUCCCCUCUCUCAGCCCCUUUCCCUCCCCCUCUCUCUUUCCCCUCCCUCUCUCUCCCUUCCUCCCUCCUCCUCCCCCCUCUCUCUUCCUCCCUCCUCUUCCCCUUUGCCUCCCCCCUCUCUCUUCCUCCCCCUUUCUUUCCCCUCCCUCUCUCUCCCUUCCUCCCUCCUCCUCCCCCCUCUCUCUUCCUCCCUCCUCUUCCCCUUUGCCUCCCCCCUCUCUCUUCCUCCCCCUCUCUCUUUCCCCUCCCUCUCUCUCCCUUCCUCUCUCCUCCUCCCCCCUCUCUCUUCCAGCCCUUUUUGCCUUCUCUGCCUGGCUUUCUGCCUCUUCCUUCUCUCCAGGUCCAUCCAGUCUCUUUCUCUGUGUCUGCGCGUCCGUGUGUCCGUGGUUCCUUCUCACUGUGCUUCCGUCCCUUCUCUUUGUGUCCCUCUCCUACAACCCCUCCCCCAGGCCUCCCGCCCCUCUGGGCCUCGGUCCUGGUCCCGAGUGUCUGCCCCCCGGAGGGUUCCUGUUUUCAUUUUGUACAAAAGAGUCUAACAUUUUUGCCAAACAGAUCUAUAUUUAAUGAAGAGAAGCCCUCCGGGAGGGGGGGGAGGGAGGGAGCACGCGUGCGUCCUUUUGGCCGGUGGCUUUUUUAAUUCUCCGCAUUCCCGACAAGGCCUGAGAAUAACACCCCUCUCCCAUUUGCUGUGUAAUAAAAUCAGAGUUGUGAUGAGCUGGGA